AUGCAGACAGGAAGCCUGACAGCCGUUGAGACUGUCACAGCUUUCCUCAAGCGUGCACAUAUUGCUCACCAAUUGGUGAAUUUUGCUACCGAGUUUAUGAUAGAAGAGGCGCUGGCUACUGCAACCGAGCUGGAUGAAUACUUCAAGACAACUGGCAAGCUGAAGGGUCCUUUACACGGAAUCCCUAUCUCGAUCAAGGAACAUAUCGGUCUCAAGGGCCGCAUUACCCACUCGGGUUUUGUUGCCUGGAUUGAUCACAUUCCUUCGGAAGAUGCACUGAUCAUUCGUCUCCUCAAAGAAGCCGGUGCUGUGUUUCACGUCAGGACAAACGAACCACAGAGUGUCAUGUGA